CGACACCGAGCGGCACGGGUCCAACACAAGCGCCAUCCGGAUCCGCUUCGAGGUCGUCUGCUCCGCAGAGCAGAGCAGAGCAGGGGGAGCUCGAGCAUUGGAAAGCGCUCGACGAAGAAGAAGGGAAAGCGAGCGGGAAAACAAGAGGAAGAGAAAACAGAAAGCGAGAACAGGCCGUCAAGUUCCUCUUCGCGUUUGAACUGAAAAGGGAGAGCGCUCCUCCAUGGCUGCUGCGGAGAAUCACCCUUCCCACGCUUCUGAUCGCCGCGCGGAGCACGCCAAGACCCUCGUCGGCGCGCUCAACCUCAUAACCCGCAACCUCCCUCUCCCUCUCGACGUCUUCCGAGCCGUCGCCUCUAUUUACCAGGGCGAUACACCUCCGGACGUGGAGGAGACGACGGAAGGCGGCGAUGCGUCUUCACCCGCCGAAUUGGACACGACACAUGAGGUGUCAACCAGUGGAAGUUUGAUCUCAGAGUUUGAAGAUGCCUUGUUGAAGCAGAAAAUGAAACACAUGCAUUGCUUAGAACUGGAAGAAUCAAAAGAAAAUCAUUUUAACAGUCUUAUUCAGCAUCGUCUUAAAGAGCUUGAAGUGUUACCAUCAAAUAAGGGUGAAGACUUGCAAAUGAAGUGUUUGCUGGAGCUUUAUGGCUUGAAGCUUGUAGAAUUGCAGAGGAAGGUACGCUCUGAUGUGAGUGCAGAAUACUGGUUGCGUAGAAUAUGUGCACAGCCUGAUAAGAUAUUGUUUGACUGGGGUAUGAUGAGAUUCCAGUAUCCAUUUAGCAUGUAUGGGAUUGGAGAUGCUGCUGCAGUGGAGGCUGAUAGUCGUCGUCGAAAGAAAAGAUAUGCAGAGGUUGUUUACUGGCAUGACUUAACCUUUGUCUGUUUUUUGCUAAAAAGUUUUUUUUUUUUACAUUUGUCUCAUUGGAAGAAUUUCCUGCAGAGGUUGUCAAGAUUAGAAGAGGAUGAAAAGAACCAGGCAGAUGACAGAAAGAGGAAAUUUUUUGCUGAGAUUCUUAACGCCGCCCGUGAAUUUCAGUUACAGACACAAGCUGUUCUGAAAAGACGAAAACAGAGGAAUGAUGGAGUUCAGGCAUGGCAUGCAAGGCAAAGACAGCGUGCUACUCGUGCUGAGAAGUCAAGGUUCCAAGCAUUAAAAGCUGAUGACCAAGAAGCUUAUAUGCGUUUGGUAGAAGAAAGCAAGAAUGAGCGCUUGACAAUGCUUCUUGGUAAAACAAAUGAACUUCUUGUUCGUCUUGGAGCGGCUGUACAACGUCAGAAGGAUGCAGAACAUGCUGAUGGACUUGAAGACUCUAGUACUCGUAAUCUUCCAGAGAUCUCUCUAUCUAAGACUGAAGGCCCUGGUGAAUUCUCUAUAGACAAUGGUGAUGAUGAGAAAGACAAUGGUGAUGAUGAGAAUACCAAAGUUUCUGAUUUGCUUGAAGGUCAACGCCAGUACAACUCUGCUGUGCAUUCAAUAGAGGAAAAGGUUACAGAGCAACCAUCAAACCUUCAAGGUGGGGAACUAAGACCUUACCAAUUAGAAGGACUUCAAUGGAUGCUUUCUUUAUUUAACAACAAUCUAAAUGGUAUUCUGGCUGACGAGAUGGGUUUAGGAAAGACUAUACAAACUAUAGCACUAAUUGCAUAUUUAAUGGAAAAUAAAAGUGUCACUGGACCCCACUUGAUUGUUGCUCCAAAGGCUGUGCUGCCAAAUUGGAUUAGUGAAUUUUCAACAUGGGCACCAAGUAUUGUGGCAGUUCUAUAUGAUGGCCGCCUAAUUGAAAGGAAGGCCAUGAGGGAAGAGUACUCUGGACAAGGCAAAUUCAAUGUGAUGAUCACACACUAUGAUCUCAUAAUGAGAGACAAAGCUUUUCUGAAGAAAAUACAUUGGCAUUACAUGAUUGUUGAUGAAGGGCAUCGCCUAAAAAAUCAUGAGAGUGUUCUUGCUAAGACAAUUGUCUCAGGUUAUCGUAUACGUCGCAGACUGCUUUUGACUGGUACUCCAAUACAGAAUAGUUUGCAGGAGUUGUGGGCUUUACUUAAUUUUCUUCUGCCUACUAUAUUCAACUCAGUACAGAACUUUGAGGAAUGGUUCAAUGCACCCUUUGCUGACAAAAAUGAAGUAUCUCUUACAGAUGAAGAAGAGCUCUUGGUUAUUCGUCGGUUACAUCAAGUUUUAAGACCUUUCCUUCUCAGAAGGAAGAAAGACGAAGUGGAAAAAUAUCUUCCUGGGAAAACACAAGUGAUUCUAAAAUGUGAUCUAUCAGCUUGGCAGAAAGCUUAUUAUCAACAGAUCACUGACAUUGGAAGGGUUGGACUAGAAUCUGGCAUCAAAUCGAAGAGUCUCCAGAAUUUGUCGAUGCAACUGAGGAAGUGCUGUAAUCAUCCUUACCUAUUUGUCGGAGAUUAUAACAUGUGGCAAAAGGAGCAAAUUGUUAGAGCAUCAGGAAAAUUUGAGUUGCUUGAUCGCUUACUUCCAAAGUUACAGAAAUCUGGUCACAGAGUUCUCCUUUUCUCUCAGAUGACCCGUCUGAUUGAUAUAUUAGAGAUCUAUUUGCAGUUAUAUGGUUUUAAAUACCUCAGGCUUGAUGGUUCAACUAAGACGGAAGAAAGAGGAGUUUUACUCAAAGAGUUCAAUGCACCAAACUCCCCGUACUUCAUGUUUCUUUUGAGCACUCGAGCUGGUGGUCUCGGAUUGAACUUGCAGUCUGCAGAUACUGUUAUAAUUUUUGACAGCGAUUGGAACCCCCAAAUGGACCAACAAGCAGAAGACCGUGCACAUCGAAUUGGGCAAAAGAAGGAAGUCCGUGUAUUUGUUUUGGUUAGUGUUGGAUCCAUUGAGGAGGAAAUCUUGGAACGAGCUAAGCUGAAGAUGGGUAUUGACGCAAAGGUUAUCCAGGCAGGGUUGUUUAAUACCACAUCUACUGCACAGGACAGGCGUGAGAUGCUACAGGAGAUCAUGCGGCGAGGCACAAACUCCCUGGGAACUGAUGUGCCAAGUGAGAGAGAGAUCAACCGCCUUGCAGCAAGAACAGAAGAGGAGUUCUGGUUGUUUGAAAAGAUGGAUGAAGAGAGACGACAGAAAGAAAGAUACAAGUCAAGGCUUAUGGAGGAAAAGGAAGUGCCUGACUGGGCUUUUUCCAAGACAAAUCAAGAAAGAAACAAGGGGAGUAUUGGACAUAGCAAGGAUGCUCUGAGCAAUGAGCUCAGCGGGAAGAGGCGCCGAAAGGAGGUGAUUUAUACUGAUUCAUUGAGUGAUAUCCAGUGGAUGAAAGCAGUGGAGGCUGGAGAGGAUUUGUCGAAAAUAGCCUCUGCAGGAAAAAGGAAACGACAGCCCCUUGAUGCAUAUGAAUACAGGGAACCCCUCUCUGAUGCUUAUGAAUCUCUUUCUGAUGAAGCGGCGGGGCAACAAAAUGUGCCUAGGAUGAAGACUAUUCAAGAUGAUACCUUGGCCGUCGAGGAUGCCAGCGGUGACUUUUUAAGCAGAACUCCAACCAAAUACAAAUCUGGAAUCUUAUUGAACAAAAGGGACGAUGGAGACAGCGAUGCUGACAAUUGGCAAGAAAACAUUGUCACAUGGAGGACCCACAAAAGAAAACGCUCAGGCAAUGGUCUAUCCAGUUGAACAUCUGAUGUGAAUGGAUCAUAACCAUGUCGUGUCUUGAUCUUGAUCAGUCGAGAAAACGACAAACGUGACAAACUUGAUGUAGGUUAAUCUCCAACAACAUAGUUGGUUUCACCUAAGCUAGCACUAUUCAGAAGCUACUUUACUUUUAAAACUUUAUUAAUGUAGGUUAAUCUCCAACCUCUGUAUAUAAAUGAACUUUUCAUGUAGGUUAGAUUAUUAUUUCUUCGUUUAAGUAUGACUAUAUGUAUUUUGUGCAAAUAUUCGAACGGAUUUGGCACCAUUA